UACUGGAAAAGUAAACUCCUGCAGGGAAAAAAAUUGCAGCAAAACGGCUGUGGGAAUUGAUAUUGUGGCGGAGUUUUGUCCACGAGCUAUUUUUCCCAAAAUACGUUUUUUUGUGGAGUUCUUUACAUAGAUCCAUAUAGACGGCAUCUUUGUUCAAUCUAUCCUCCCGUGCGUGUGUUUUAAUAGAUAUGCUAUCCAUGCAGGCUCCCAAAACACGUUGUUCCUGAUCACACUGACGGAUUCACCUGCAGCACACACGCUUUGUUCCGAGUCCAGAGAUCUCCAGCCUCUGGGAGAGUAUCCCACACAGCUUUGAUGGGAGUACAUAGACGGAAUUCGGGAUUUCAGAUGGCGAGUCGGGGUUGUGAAAAUGGAUUGAGAAUUCUCCUGAUAUUCUUAGUGGAUUUACUCGGGAUCACGGCGACCAACAUGGAGCCCAUCUACUGGAAUUCCGUGAACAAAAGGUUUAGUGAUGACAAGGGCUAUGUCCUGUACCCUCAAAUCGGAGAUCGCCUGGACCUCAUUUGCCCAGCGUCUGAGCCGCCUGGUCCCCGUUCCCCCGCCGAAUACGAGUACUAUAAACUGUACCUGGUGUCGUCACGGGAACAGGCCGACAGGUGUGAAGUCACCGGAGCCCCCAACCUGCUUCUCACCUGCGAUAAGCCCAACAGUGAUAUGCGUUUCACCAUCAAGUUUCAGGAGUACUCGCCCAACCUGUGGGGUCACGAAUUUAAAACCAAUCAGGACUACUUCAUCAUCGCUACAUCAGAUGGGACGCGUCAGGGGCUGGAGAGCAUGAGAGGAGGAGUUUGUGCUACACAGGGCAUGAAGGUGGUGCUGAAAGUGGGACAGAGUCCAUAUGGUCUGCCAGCCAAAUCUCCCAAACCUGACCCUGCGGACCGUAUCAACAACCCAAAUCCAGGUGCUGGAAACAAAACGCAUCCCAGAAUUCCCCCUAGAAGUCCUGGUGGAGAAAACGGCCCUCUUCCCCCCUCCAACAUCGCUGUUAUCGCAGGUGCAGCAGGCGGUUCAGCUUUCCUGCUGCUCGUAACUGCCGUGAUCUGUGUAGUGUGCUACCGACGACGACACGCCAAGCAUUCUGAAUCACACCACCCUCCCCUCUCCCUCUCCUCCCUGACCUCACCUAAACGGGGCUGCGUCGGGGGCGUAGGAGGUGGCAACAACAAUGGCUCGGAGCCUAGCGACAUCAUAAUCCCGCUGCGGACUUCUGACUCCGCCUACUGCCCACACUAUGAGAAAGUGAGCGGGGAUUACGGCCAUCCAGUCUACAUCGUACAGGAAAUGCCCCCUCAGAGUCCCGCCAAUAUCUACUAUAAAGUAUGAGAAACCGGAGACAACCUUACCGACAACAUCUGCUAAGACCACACCUACCUUAAUAAACAACGACCUAAAUCCCGCCCCCACAGUCUGCACCCCUAUAGAUCAGAUCCUUCUACCUUCACACGCAUUUCUCCGACACACUGACCGCCCGUGGUCGAGUGUGUCUGUAUGUGUGUGUUACAAUUCUUCGCAAAUUCACCCCAACUUCGGCCUUUUGUUGGAGAGAAAAUGUCCUGAUGUGAGGGCCUCCCUCUCUCUGAUGUCCCACAUGGGGGGAAAAUUCUUAAAGCUAGAGAAGACCUCCUGGAGUGAUUCAGUCAAGUGAAAAAAAACAUGAACUCCUUUUUUGGGGGGGCUUUAUGGAGCACAAGCAUCAAAACUUUUUCUGAUGUACUUGCAAAAACUGAGACUAUAAACACACAAAAAGAAAACUCAACCAGUCCAAACCUACAGACAACUUUGACUUUGAAUGCUACAUUUACUCACAAAUAGCAGUCUAGUUUGUGUUAAACUCCUUCGAAAGGGGGAGGGGCCAUUGAUUCAGCCAGUAGUCACACAGGGCUGCAGUCACGUGAUCUAGGACCCAUGUGUUUGAUUGGUGGAGUUGUAGUGGCGUGGAGAAUCUUGUAUAUUUUAAUAACGUGUGUAUUCUGUGAGUGUGUAGGAUAAAUAUUCCGGCACUGCUGUUGCACAUGUUGCGACUGGUGUGCUUCAGUACAACUCGCGAGUGUUUUUGUGCGUGAAUGAGUGUGUGUUUGAGUAAAUGUGUUAGCGUGAGCAUGGGCGCGUAUGUUUGUUAGACUGUUUUAAAACCAAAAUACAAAAAUAUGAGCGAACAUCAAAAAAGGUUUUUUUAUCGCUUUCAACACAAUAGAUUAUAAUUAUAUAUGAAUACUCAGUAAAAUAAUUUUUAGAUUUCCUUUUCAUGUAAUGUUACAGUUUGCUAGGCCUAAUUUUUCCCAGUUUUUCAUGACAUGCUGACCUUGUUUCUUUCCCUUUUUGAGUUGUAAAUUAAUUUAAUGCUUUCAUUCUGUUGCUGUUGCAUAAACGGAGUUUGUCUGGUUCCCCCUCAUUUUCCUCUUUCCCAGGAGGAUAAAUGUCGUUCCUACACAUAUAUUUUUAUAACUCCUUGUACUCUGAUGUAGUUUUGAAGCUAGACCUUGUUUGUGAAUGUGUUGAGGUAGAACAAUCCGAGAAGGUUUUUUUUUAUCAUUAUUUUUUAAAGACGCUGGGAAAAAAAGGGGGAAAAAACAGAAAGGAGGGAAGAAUAGGAUGGGGUGAAAUAAAAAGAAAAAAUGCGAACACCGCCUGUCGUGAAAGCAAAAGCACGAGCAAGGAAACUUCUUGUAAAACUGUGAAACUAUGGAAGAAUCACACAUUAAAAGAAAAAAAAAUAGGGGAGAGGGAGGUGGGGGGAGAGAAGUAAAGUCAAAAGCUGAUUGAAGGAGAAGAGAGACAGAGUGAGAGAGAGGGAUGGAAAGGUUUUUAAUAAACUCGUCUGAAGCUGUGGAAGACGCAGAUUUGGGCCCAAUGGUCUUCUGAGGUACAAAGAGACAGAUGAGGGGAAGAAAGAAACUCAUUCUCUCAGACGGACAACAGGAUAGAUGGACACACAAUUACUCUUUUCCAGACACACAGUGCUCUUUUUUGUCCACACGAAGUGAGGUGGAAAUAUUUAUAGACUCAUUUCAAAUUCUUGAGUAUGGGACACGUCUCAAUUAAGUAGACAUGUUCACACACACACACACACACACACACACAC